AUGCAUACGGCAGUCCUGAAGUCACCGGUUCAAGCUGGGCCACUGCUUUUCUCUGGCAAAAACAAAAACAAAAACCUUCUGAGCCCACAGUUCUCCCAGGGUGGGAAGAAAACCGGUCGUCUGGGUAUUUCCCAGAAACUCACCCUGGGACGCAUCUCCAAAGCUAGCUACAUACGGGCCAGCCCCGCAGACGGGCAGGCUGGAGCGCAGGAGGGCGGGGAGGGACAGCCAGCACGACCCCGCGUGCAGCAGGGUCACGGCCAGACCCGAACGGCCCGAAGGAAGGGAGAAGGGGGGGUCCCUCGGCGGCGGCGGCAGCUGCUGCAAAACGAGUCCGGGCACCGAGCUCGCACGGGGCCCCCUCCGGCCCUGGGCUGCAGCCCCACUGGCCACGCUGCAGGAACGGCCAACCGCCAAGAGCGAGGCGGCGCCGUCCCGCCCGCACCUGAGGCGCAAAGGGGCCAUGAACUUGGCCGGCUCCAGCCUGCCGCCCCUCGGGGCCUCGGCCCGGGGAGGAGGGAGCGCAGCCUCGGCGGCGGCUCCUUCUCUGCCCUCCCCCGGGGCCCCACCGGAGGGGGAACCUCACCUGCUCCCGGGCCCGGCUCCAACCUGGACCCAGAGUACGCACGGCCGCCUGCCUGCCCACCCGCCCCGCCGCCGCGGCGCGCGGGCUACCCAGCUGUGCGGGGCCCCGGCAGGGGGAGGGCGGAGCGGGCUACGGAACGGCCUCCCUCCCGCUCCAGCUGCUCACAGCUGGCGCAGCGGGACGUCCCGCCCCUAUCCCCCCCUCACCCGCCGCCGCCGCUGCUGCCGCCGCCGCUGCCCCCCGGGUCCCUGUGCCCGCCUUUUCCUCCGCCUCCGCCGCGCGCCACCCAACUUCACUCACCUAGGAUCCGCGGCUCCCUCACUCAUCGCCCAGCUCGAGUAGUAGUGCGGCGGCUGCAGCCUCAGGGACUGGGCUAG